UUUGGGGGGCGGGACGGCCGGGGAGGCCGGGACCAGAGGAACCAGGGUACCGAGGCUGGCCUGUGGCGGCCCUUUCACGCCCUAGUAAGGGUCCCCAGGGGCCGGAGUGAGCAUUCCAGAGGUUUCUGCGUCCCGAAGUGUUGGAGGCCCAGGCCUUGGGGCGGGAAGGGCGAUGGGCCUCCAGGGCCUCCAGGCAACGGCGAUUCUGUCGGCACUCCCCAAUUGUGCUGGCGCUCCCAGUUUUAUCAGUGCCCCCUCCACCCCCCUCCUCCGCCUGCCAGUGCCUCCUGUAAUCCUGUCAUUGUCCCCAGAAUUUGCAGGGAUCCUCAGCCUUGUCAAUGGCCCCCUCGGAGCUCUCAGCGCCUCGCAGGCCUUACCGUACCCCUUCAUCCUUUCAAGAUACCCCCAAUCCUUCUGGGCUCCCUAGUCAUGUCAGUACCUGGCCUGCUAGGGUUCCCCAACCUGUCAAGCUCCCCAGUCCUGCCAUGGUUCUCACAACCCUGUAAAGUGCCGCGGGCUUGCUAGCGCCCCCCACCCGCACUUUGUCAGUACCCGUCUUCGUGUCACACCCCCGCACACACUUUUGCCAGGGAUCCCUUAGUCUGUAUGGGUCCCUAAUCUAAUUAGUGGCUUCUUAUCUUGCAAGGGCACCCAAACCAAUCAGGACCCCUUAACCUGUUAAGGCUCCCAGUCCUGUUAAGAUCCCACAUUCCUGCUAGGACCCCCAAUAGUACGGGUUCUCAACCCUGUCAGUGUCCCUAUGUCCCUUGUCUUAUCCACCCUCCCUCGGGCUCUAGGCUUCAGAGCUGAGCAGUGUGGCUCCGUCCCUCCGCCCAAGCCCCCUUCGUGACCCUAAAUGACUGAGACCCAUUGCUCAGGUCAGCUUCCUCCCUCUGGAACUGGAGCAGUCUAAAGAGCUUAUCAUCCCAGGGUUGGAAGUCCUCAGUGGCGAUCCUGUCCAGUGUCCCCAUUCUGUAGUUGGGACACGGGCCUUGCAGUGGCCAUGCCUGUGGUCCUACAGCUGAGCUGAUAGCAGAGCUGCGGGGAGAAGCCAGAUCUUUUCACUCCCAGGCCCCACUACUCUCCUCGUGUUGUGGAGUUUCCAGAGUUGGCCCUGGGUUUUUUAUCCAUGCCCUACUUAGGACCUAGGCAGGCCCUCUCUCCCAUCCUUUUGACAGUCUGUCCUUCAAUUUCCCCAUGAGCUUCCUGGUUUGAAGCACAGACUUGGCAGCCCAACAGACAUGAGUUCAGAUCCACGUGGCCUCACGUGAAUAUACCUAUUGUGUAAAAGUCAGCACAAUGUUGCAUUAAGAAACUUCAAGAAUAACUUUCAUGAAUGAAGCUGAGAUUAUAAUACUUGAUAAUUGCAGCAGCUAAUAUUUGUUAAGCUCUUACUAUGCACCCCAUGCAUUAGCACCUAUUCAGUCUUUACAAUAAUUCUGUAAGGUAGGUCUCACAAUUGUCCCCAUUGUACAGAUGAGGAAGCUGAGGCUUAGAAGGUGCAGUGACACCAUAGGGAAUAGCAGUACCAGAACUGAACCAGAUUAUGGAAUUCUACUUUCUUAACCAAGUUCUGUGCGCAUUCUACCGCCACUGUCUUGGGAGAACAAAGAUUUAAUUGAAAUUCAGUCAUCAGUUGUGUAUCACAUCAGCCAUGACACUGGAAAAAUGUUGGUUGUUGUAGACAGAGUUACUAGUAUUACCAGUGGCUCUUCCCUGAGUUAAUGUUGACUGAGUUGAGGUCAAAACAAUAUUCACAUGAUCCACACAUGGGGAUAAGAAUAUUUUAAACAUACACACACACACAUAUAUGUAGCUAACACAUAUAUAUAGGUAUAUAUUGCACAGAUACAUGUAGGUACAUAUAUUGGUUGCCUUAUUUAGUGGAAAUACAUAACUGUGUAUGAAGACAGUGUUUUAAGUUACUGAUGAAAUUUCUUUAUUUGUAGUAAAAGAAUAACUUCAGUAUUCGAGUCAAGCCUCAAAUGAAGAAAACUGUAAUAUAAUAAAUAUUUAGAAGAUCUUUUAUACUAUUGUAUGCCUCUCCCUUACCCCGUUUAAUAACCUAAAAGAUAAAUCCAUUUCUAUAUUUCUCCAGGUCCCAGUCAUUCAAUAAGUAUUAUCAAGAACCUACUAUGUGAUCUAAAUACUUGGAAACACUUGGGAUAUGUUAGUGUGUAAAACAAAGAUCCCUGCCCGUGGGGACUUUGCAUUUCAGUUGCGGGAGACCGAAAAUAAACGUGGUGAAUAAAUGAAAGUUAGGUUGGAAGGUGGUGAGCUCUGUGGUAAAAAGAAAACAUAGAACUGGGUAAAAGGGCCACGAGUGCAGGUUCUAGUAGUUUGUUAGAAGUGAAGGGAGGGGGAGGGAGUGAGCCAAGCAGUGGGACCUGGGGAAACAGCAUCUGAGGCAGAGGGAACGCAGUGCAGAGGCCCUGGGGUGGGAGCUUGGCUGUGGCCGGGGUGGCGACCGGUAUGGCAGCAGAAUGAGAGGCAGAGCAGGAGGAAAGCCCUGGCCGGUGGGGCUCUGGGGAGGUUGUGCUCUGACUUAGGUUUCAAAUCCUAAUGUCUAAAUGUGCUGAUUUUCAAGACAUAAUCCUAUACUGUAUAUUACUUUAAUCUGAAAGCUAGGUAUUUGGCAGGACAGUGGUUAUUUUGAUGAAAUGUUAUUUCUGUGUACCUGUACCUGUAUAUACACAUAUUGCAUUUGUGAUGAGGAAAGACAGUAAACUUAUUUUCUUUUUUAGAUAUAAACUCAUGAAGAACUGGGGUGUUAUAGGUGGAAUUGCCGCUGCGCUAGCAGCAGGAAUAUAUGUUAUUUGGGGUCCCAUUACAGAAAGAAAGAAGCGUAGAAAAGGGCUUGUGCCUGGCCUUGUCAACCUGGGGAACACCUGCUUCAUGAACUCCCUGCUGCAAGGCCUGUCUGCCUGCCCCACCUUCAUCAAGUGGCUGGAAGAGUUCACCACCCAGUACACCAGGGGUCAGGAGGAGUCCCCCCAACACCAGCGCUUGUCCUUGACACUGUUGCAUCUCUUGAAAGCUUUAUCCUGCCAAGAAGUCACUGAUGAAGAGGUCUUGGAUGCAAGCUGCUUGUUGGACGUCUUAAGAAUGUACAGAUGGCAGAUCUCUUCGUUUGAAGAGCAGGACGCUCAUGAGUUAUUCCAUGUCAUUACCUCGUCUUUGGAGGAUGAGCGGGACCACCAGCCCCGGGUCACACAUCUGUUUGACGUGCAUUCCCUAGAGCAGCAGUCAGAAAUGACUCCCAGACAGAUCACCUGCCACACCAGAGGGUCACCUCAUCCCACAUCCAGCCACUGGAAGUCCCAGCAUCCUUUUCAUGGAAGACUUACUAGUAACAUGGUCUGCAAACACUGUGAGCACCAGAGUCCCGUUCGAUUUGAUACCUUCGAUAGCCUUUCACUAAGUAUUCCAGCUGCCACAUGGGGUCAUCCACUGACCCUGGACCACUGCCUUCACCACUUCAUCUCGUCGGAAUCCGUGCGGGAUGUCGUAUGUGACAACUGUACGAAGAUUGAAGCAAAAGGGACGCUGAAUGGCGAGAAGGUGGAACACCAGAGGACCACGUUUGUCAAACAGUUAAAACUAGGGAAGCUCCCCCAGUGUCUGUGCAUCCAUCUCCAGCGGCUGAGCUGGUCCAGCCACGGCACACCCCUGAAGCGGCACGAGCACGUGCAGUUCAACGAGUUCCUGAUGAUGGACAUCUACAAGUAUCACCUGCUCGGACACAAACCCGUUCACCACAGCCCCGAGCUGCACGAGAAGGCAGGGCCUGCGCUGGAGCUGCAAGACGGGCCGGCAGCCCCCAAGCCAGUUCGGAGUCACCCGGGGGGCCCCAAAACACAGAUUUUCAUGAACGGCACCUGCUCCCCAUCCUUCUUGCCCACGCUGCCAACCCCGAUGGCCUUCCCCCUCCCAGCUGUUCCUGACUACAGCUCCUCCACGUACCUCUUCCAGCUGGUGGCAGUUGUUGUCCACCACGGAGACAUGCACUCGGGACACUUCGUGACCUACCGACGGUCCCCACCUUCGGCCAAGAACCCUCUCUCCACCAGCAACCAGUGGCUGUGGAUUUCUGACGACACCGUCCGCAAGGCCAGCCUGCAGGAGGUGCUGUCCUCCAGCGCCUACCUGCUGUUUUACGAGCGUGUUCUUUCCAAGAUGCAGCACCAGAGUCAGGAGUGCAAGUCUGAAGAAUGACUCUGCCCUGGCCCCGAAGCUAGAGCUGAUGGCUCCGUCCAAGCUGUGUGUGUGUGCGUGUGCGUGUGUGCUGUGGUGUGUACGUGCAAGCAGCCCCACUAGAGUCCUGCAGCCUUCUGGCGUGUUCUAAGAGCAGGCUCCACACAGGAGCUGGUGGCCCCGAUUCAAACGAGGUCAGGCUCCCCGCACAGCUCUGCCCGUGCGUACCAGGGCAGCGGUGCCGGGCUAGGAAAGCAGUCAUUGUGUCUAGAGCGUGUCUUGUCACUCACCUGAUCCAGGUAAUUAAAAGAAACCAGACUCCAGAAGCCACCGUUUUUAGAUUGAUACAUUAGGUGUUCUCAGAGGGGAGUUAACUUUGUCUGAUCCUCCAGAGUUUCAGCAUAGAUCUUUUAUUUUUAAUAAGCAGUCCCAUAAAAAUGGUUGAAUUAGUGAAAUUACUAAAGGCAACAACUUCGAAGAAGUGCCUUUCACUCUCAGUUGCUCUCGUAGCAUGUCCCUCCUGGAAAACACACCUCAUCUGGGCAUCAUAUAAGCAGUUUCUGAAAAGCUCUGUACCUUCCAAAGUUACCGAACAGAGAGCAACAGAACACUUAAAAGACGCCUGAUGCACACCCGCCUUCCCUUUUUAUAUGUCUUUUUCUAAGCUUUCGAUUCUUUAUAUGUAGUAAAAGCUCAUGUGCCAAAUCCGCCCCUCGGGGAAAUUCUUUCUCUACUUUGUCAGUUACAAGUGACCAGCUUUCUCUUUGCUGUUAUCUUUUGUAUCCUGGACUCCGAGGUGUGAUUAUCGCAUAUUAUAUAACUGUGUGAACAGCCAGAACUCGGUGGCCUGUGUGCCACACCUAGGACUCCUCCGCUCUGUAGAAAACCCUUUCUCACACAAGGACCCCACGGUGGACAGCUAUUCUCAUCUAUUUAUUUAUUGCCCAUGAAGAGCUCCUGAGGUUUACAGGUGGAGCCGGGGGCUGUGUCAGAAAGACAAUCCUGGCCUCCAUUGGAGAGCUGGAUUCUGAAAGAAGGGCACUGACCUUGGGGCUGCUGCCUCUCUGGACCUCAGUUUCCUCAUCUGUAAAGUGAUGAGUUAGAUUCCAUGACCAUCCAAGUCCAGCCCUUCCCACAAAAAAGAAGUUUAAAAAACUUUUUGAACAUAAAAUUAUGGCUGAUAUCUAGUACUGUCAUUCUGUUCUAGGUCCAUAUUCUAAAUGUAUUCGUUUCCAGUAGCCUCAUACAAAAGGCCUCUCUUGGGCAUCCUCCCCUCUCUUCAGGUAAGUCUAAUGAAGGCAGCCCAGGGCCGAAGGAAUUUUGAUGACACAGGGGUAUCUAUGUUUUAGCUAGGCUCUUUUAUUUAAAACAAAAAACAAAUGCACUGACUCUUCAGAGAUAAGAUUUGGAAUCAGACGUGUCCAAAAGGUCACCUGAGGUCAGGCUGAGGACUGUGCUUCCCCUGGUGGGGACCAGCUGGCAGACACUUCCAGACAAGGCCUUGGUGUCAGCUGAAAGCGCUAGAGGCCCAGGUGAUCCCCAUUCCCCCAGGCCCAGCGUGCAUCCUGAGGACUCGGAACUCUUGCUAUUGACAGAACGGACUGUGAAGUUCUCCAGGCCACACACCUCAGGGAGAAAGGAGCCACACAAAGCUUCUGGUCUGUUCAUGGCAGACGUCCCUUCCCGACUUCUUACAGACCCCGGCUUUGACGGUGAAAGGCACGUCCCCGUGGUACCCGCGGUCUGGGGGAAACAAAUGCUCAAUCACGUGACUUUAACCUGCCUGGCAAAGUUGUAGCUUGGAGCAACUGCUGCUCUGCCACUGCUUACGCUUUGCAAUCUGCCGUUAAAGAGAGAUGAACGGGGCUCAUCCUUUUAGCGUUCAGUUGUAAGCAGAUCUUUGGUCGGAGGGAUUGAGCCACAGUUGUAAAUGUGAAUGAUCUCCGUGCAAAGUCUCUUCCCCUGACUUAAAGGUGACUUUCUCAUUUUUUGUAAAUCAUUAGGCAUUAAGUAGCAGCCAAACACUCUUACUUCUAGCUUUAAGUUAUUUACAAAGUCGCUUCUUUUUGCAAAAACCGAAGUUAAACUCGUAGUUUAUGCCAUAAUAACUGCUGAUUUAUGUUUUUGCUAAAGGUACCUUUUGUAUCUGCUGUGUAUUAUAGCAAUAAAAGAAUCAUUUUGUUAGGAAAAAAA